AUCACAACCCAAAAUCAACCAAAAAUCAUAUCAUAAUAAAUGACACCUUUGCUUAUCUUAAUCAAAAGAGACGGCCACCACACAAUUAACAAUUCAUAAACCCAAAACGCAGUGUGUCAUUCUCACGAAUCUCAACCACACACAAAUCUCAACCCUACAACCGUCAUGGAUCAUCGCCACCGCCAUCUCCACCUUCACCACCACCAUAACCAACCUGACCUUCAACCUCAACCUCGCCCAUUCAUGGAUUCUUCCUCCAGAUACUUACCUUUUCGCCCUCUUCAUCCUUUCUCCGACGACCACCGCCACCACCAUCCAAAUCCUUUUUCCCCUCCGCCGCAACAACCUCUUCGAAACCUUCCUCCGCCUCCACAACACCACCACCAUCAUAAUCCUCCUUCUUGCCUCAUCCACCAUCCUCGUCCUCUUCCCCCUUCUCACUCUCACCAAAAACCCUUUCAAGAUCGCAUUAAUUUCGUCGAUUCUCCCCCUCACCAUCACCAACAUCACCACCCUCCUCGUCAUAGUCAUAAUCACAAUCAAAUUCCGCAUCGUCGUAUCGUUGAUAAUGAUGAUAUUCCAGAUGAGUUUCAAUCUCCAACUAGGGUUAUUCAUGACCCUGAUCGUCUUUUGUCUUUUCAUAAUCAUAAUCAUAAUCAUAUUCAUCAUAAUAAUCUUGAUGAGAUUGAUUAUGUUGAUCGUCGUCCUCGUUUUCGAUUCAAUGAACUUCCCCCUCCUCCUACUUCUAGGGUUCCUCCUCCAUCGUCCCCUGUUGCGCGCCGUUCUCCUCCUCGUUUUGUUCAACUUGAGAGGUUUAGGCGUAAAAUUGACAGUCCUCCAAGGCGCAGGGAGGAUUUUAAUUUGAAUCAGAAUCCAAAUCCGAAUCUAGAAUCUCCUCGUGCUAGGUUAUAUCCAGAUGACAUUGGUUUUCAUCAAUUGCAUCAUGUAGAUCGGGGUGAUGAUUGUAGGGUCUUGAAGGCAGUUGAUAGGUUAGAGGGUAAUUUUGAUCCUGAUCAUCAUGAUCGUGAACAUCAUGAAAGAUAUCUUCCUGAAACGGUGAUUAGGAAGCAAUAUGAGGUGAAUUCUGGUAUCAGUGAUCUUCGAGAGAUUUUGAAUGAUGAGGCAUUCAUUAGGCGAGGAAGAGAUGAUGUUGUAUUAGAUGAAAAGGUGAAUUCCAGGCGUAGUAGUGGGGGAUCCAGAGAAGUUUCUCAUUCUCCGAUUAAGUUUCGCAAUGGAGUGAAAUCCGUCGAAGAUGGAAUCAGUGAUAUUCAAGGCAAUCCUAGGAAAAAUGUGCAAAAAAUGAGUGCAUUUCUUAGGAUACAACCAGCAAAUCCACAACAUAGUAAUAGUAAUGGUAGUCUUAGGAAAAAGUACGAUAAUAAAUCUUCGAGUCCACACAAUGGUAAAAAGUCGAAUUCAGAAUGUUUGGAUCGUAGGACUAGUAGUGAGGAGAGAGUACGAAGUCCCGUUGACCUAGACUUGUCGUUCAAAUCGAAUGCUUUGGUGGCCAAGGCUAUCACGGCUGCCCCUUCGUGUUCAUCUGUAGAUUAUAAUGUGAAUGAUAGUGAUUCAGGUACUAGAAUAGAUGGUGAGCGUUCGUCCAAGGGAAUGGGUUCUAAGAUUAGUUCAUUAGUGUCUAAAAGGGAAGGAAAAGACGGCAAGAAUAAGGUUAGAGUGUCUCCCAUCAUGAAGAGACUUGGUAAUCCAAAUAGUGAGUUGGAGUCUUCUCGAAUUGGGUCUAGUAGUUUAUCUGAAUCUCCGAAAAUGGAGGUUUUGGGCAAGGAUGAUAGGAAUUUUGGUUUUGAGAAGGUAUCUUCCUCUCCAGUUAGGAAGAAGAGAAAAUCUGUUAGCUCACUUUCUCGUCUAUCUAUUCCAGUGCCCACGAAGACCGGUAGUGAGCUUUUGAAUGUGGACAGUCCAGCCAAUAAUACAUCAACUAACUCUCUGCCUUUUGAUGUAUCUGUAAAUCAUUCUGAGAAGGGGUUGUCCUGUGCUACCGAUGUUAUUGGGUCAACUGAGAAUGUCCAGGAAUCUUUAACUGUGGUAGAUCAUAAGGAUAUUCUGAGAGGUUCAUUUGAGGAUCCUGCUGUUAAGAGAAUGAGGGAGGAUGGAGCAUUAGAAUCUGCUCCUAGUUCACAUUUAUCACUAGGGCUAGGAGUUUAUGAAGGUCAUGAUAGCAUUAAGGUAAAGUUGCAAGAUGAGCAAAAAACCUUAAAUUUCAAUGGGGAUGUAACAAAACCUGUUGAGAAAUGUAGCUCAGACUUUCUUACUGAAAAAGGCUGUGUAACGAGUCAGGACUUGACUCCGGUAUUGGUUGAUAAUGGUUCUGCAGAAGGAACCGUAGGUUCAGUGGUUGUUUGUAUGAAGGACAAUGUGGAUAACACUGGCGUUUGUUGUGAAAAUCUGGAUCCUUUAAAUCCUGUUGUUGUCGCGAGUUCUGUCCCUGUCACUGUUGAUGUCUCAAACAAGGGAGAUAAUAAGGGGAAUUUGGCAUUGCCCUUGUUAAAUGGUAAUGAGACAAGUGAAACCCAUGUUGUUUCCACUCCUGAAAAUGCUACUACUGGACUAGCAUUGGCAGGUUUGGAUACAGACAGGAGUUAUGAGCCUGAGUUGAGGGAUUCUGAGGAUUCUGGAAAGGGGGAAAACAUUGAUGGUGUUACUUUUGGUUCAAAGAACAUUAACACUGUUGCUGAUGUCGGGUUUCCAAAUGACAUCCAGGAGCAACAAAAUCUAGGGCCGGACACCAGAUUAGUUGAUGAUGAAUCAACACUAGAAAAAGAGGAACCUCCAAAAACUUGUGUUACUAAUAGAAAGAGAAAAGUUGGAACUGAAUCUGACCUUAUACACUUAAGAACAUUUGAAUUUUCGCAUGAGAAUGCUAUACUUCCCAUCGAGGAACACGUUCCUGUCUCAGACACACUGUCUGUUGAAUCAGAUGUUUCACUUGGUAAAUCAUUAAUAGGAGGUUCUGUGGAGUGUAUGAAUUCCAUGGAUUGUGUCAAGAAAAGGAAAAUUCUUCCACUGGAAUCAGUUCUAUCUGACGCUCCAGGUUCUGGGAGCUCUGAAUUUAUACCCAUACCUGGUUUGCCCUCUGUCACGUGUUCGCCACAAGCAGUAGAGGGAUCUGAGCCACCCAAGUCUGCACCUUCUGAUAAAGAUACUAUUGGUAGAGUAACCAGCAGUUUGUGUGCGGAAACAUGUAGCUCUGCUGACAACCCAAAAUCUGAUAUCUUGUGUAAAGAUUCAUCUUUGUCUAUUGCAGGAACGUACCCUUCUGGUGCAGAUGAGGAAUCUGGGUGCAAUCAGAAAAGUGAUGCGAGUUUAGUGAUGGCUGGAGACAAUGAUGAAAAUGGGUUUAUUGCGUUAGAAUCAUCAUGUGAAAUGGCAACAAAUGACGGAGGCAGUGCUGCUAAUCAUACUGAGUAUGCGGAUGAAGGACCGCCAGAGAUGAAUAUGGAAUGUGAUAGUACUGCUCAAGAGGCUAUUUUAGCCUCUUUGUCUGAUUUUCUGCAGUCAUGUGUGGAAUCUACUUAUGGUGGAGUAAGGGCAAACUCUGACAUGUUGGAAUUACCGUCCAUUGUUGCCAUUCCAGAGGCUCAGCCUGUAUUAUUGCCCACAUCAGGCGCAUCUAAUGCUAGUCCUGAAAUUCAGGUGACUUUGGGUGAGAAGCUUUGUAUACAUGACAAACAAAAAGAUCAACCUUUAGCAAAUCACAGAUCAUUUACCUCACAGUGUAAUGUACUAGCUAAAAAUCAGAACUUAAAGUCAGAUGUUUCACCCUUAUUAGAUGUUCAACCGCUUAGUCAGAAAAGUGCAUCCUUGCUAUCAAAGAAGGGAAAGACUACAGUGUCUAGCUCGAACGCCUCCACUAGACUGAGGAGGAAUGUGCUAAUUCGUGCUGAAUCGAGUCCUUCCACCAACCUUCGCUCAUCUGUUAUCAAACCCAAUAACAGAUCACAGACUUAUCCGGCAAAGCCUCGAACAUGGCAUCGUACAAAUAACUCAGCAGCUUCAAACAUGCCUGUGAAGAAGCCUCCUGUGGCUACUCCUCCACAAAGACCACUGUAUGGGAAAGCUUUGAAAGUAAUGGAUACUUCUUACAUUCGGAAAGGUAACAGUCUUGUAAGGAAUCCUGUUUCUGGUUUAGCCACUUCAGGUUUUCGUACUUCUGGUGCAGCCACCUCUCGUACUUCUGGUGCUGCCAUUAAUCGGUCACAGUCGAAUGACACAGACAGGAUUACAAAGGUGAGUGGCUCUGUAAUGAUUGAGUCUACUGAGUUGCCUGAUGGCCUUGUGACAGGAGGGCAAAGUGCUUCCAUUGAAUUGCCAAAAACGUCUCCGUUACUCUGCAGUGAUAAGACUUCAAGCAGUCACAUUGCUAACUCAGAAGAUUGUACAUCUUCUUUAGCUGUACAUCAAACUGAAGUAACUGACAAUAAGGAGGCAUUCAAAUCUUCUGAUAUGUCAUCGAAUUCUUCCAGAGAUCCUGAAAGUGUUGUGAAUAGAAAUAUGGAGGAUCCUGGUAUGUUUAGUGAUGGAGAUGUGGUGAACUUGAAUUCAAAGAUGUUUUACAUUAAGCACAAAUCAAAUCAGUUGAUCGCUACUUCAAAGACCUCCCCUUCAUCUUUGCAUAGCAUGGACAGCAAAAUGGAUUCAUCUUCUGAUGUCAACUACUACAAGAACAGGCAGAACCAACUGAUCAGAGCUUCCUCUGAGGGUAAUCUCCCACAAAUGGUUUCCUCAAUUGCAAAAAGUUCCAAGUCACUUUCUCAAAGAAAACUUCGUACUUACUCGGGAAGAAGCUCUUCCAAAAGGCAUUCGAAUAAAGUUAAAUCAUCAAAACUUUCACUUGUUUGGAAGUUGGGUGAUUCGAAGUCGUGCGGUAAAGGUAUUCAUGCAUUGAGAUCAGGGAGGCUUUUGUCCCACUUGUUGCCUUGGAAAAGAACCACCCGUUGGAGUCGUAAGCUGCUUUCUUCAAAAAAGAGGGGUGUUGUGUAUGUAAGGUCGGGGCAUGGUUUUUCCUUACGAAGAUCAAAAGUCAUAAGUCUUCAUGGAAAUAGUCUAAAAUGGUCCAUUUCCAUGGAAAAGCGCUCAAAAAGAGUUGAAGAGGAUGCUGCUAUGGCCGUUGCUGCGAUGGAUUUUGCACAGAAGUCUGGAUCUUCAGGCAUUGGCUCAAAACAAGAAGGCAGUAUGCAUUCUCUGCAGGAACCAGGUCACUGUUUGAAGCAACGCUCAGGAGAACGAAUAUUCCGUAUUGGUGUGCAUCGAUAUCGUAUGGAUCCUUCUAGGAGGACACUUCAGAAGAUUUCAGAUGAAGAAGCAGAUGUAGCUGCUUCAACAACCGAAAAGGAUGCCAGAAAAGUUUAUGUGCCAAAGAGGCUACUAAUUGGAAGUAAUGAGUAUGUUCGGAUUGGCAAUGGAAACAAGCUUGUUUUAGACCCAAAAAGACGUACUCGCGUUUUGGCUAGUGAAAAAGUUCGAUGGAGUUUGCACACUGCUAGGAGGCGAUUAGCCAAGAAACGGAAGUUUUGCCAGUUUUUUACUAGAUUUGGCAAAUGUAACAAGGUUGAAGGAAAAUGUCCAUUUAUCCAUGAUCCAUCCAAAGUAGUGGUCUGCACUAAAUUUUUGAAUGGUUCAUGUGCUGAUCCGAACUGCAAAUUGACUCACAAGGUUAUUCCUGAUAGAAUGCCUGAUUGUUCUUUCUUUCUGCAAGGUUUAUGUUCUAAUGAGAAAUGUCCUUAUCGACAUGUGAGUGUGAAUCCUAAAGCGUCAAUAUGUGAGAGCUUCCUUAGGGGUUAUUGUGCUGAAGGAAAUGAGAAUGCAUCUAUCUUGAGAAAGAUGGGACCAAAUCUUGUGAAGCAAGUUAUAUAAGCUCAAUAUUAUCAGCAAAUCUACUCUGUUGUGAUUUAUUAAUAACCAACUUUCAAGGGAUGGAUAAUUGAUAAACUGUUGGGUGACCUCACAAGUCAUAAUGGUCUGUUUACAGAUAGUCUACAGGCUUCUCAAGUUGUGUUAUUAGGAUUUAUUAUUUUAUUUUAAAUUAUUUUCUCAUUAUCGGUUUCUUCAACCAAAAAUCUUGCGAGUGUCACAUGUCGACUUACCUGAUAGAAACAAGUAGAACAAAUCUCUGUCUACAAACUUGCAGUGCCGGAAAAAGCACAGUUACAGCUGCCCCGAUUUUGAAGCUUCUGGUAGCUGCCCUCAAGGUUCAAAAUGCAAACUUUACCAUCCGAAAAAGGGCAAGGCUAAGAGAAGGAAAGUUACGGAGGAUCAGAAAAAUGAUAAAGGACGUUACUUUGGUUCGGGUGUCUCAGUUGCUGCUGAUCCUGAGACAGGACCCACGCUUGUCGAUUCACAAAAGGCCAACUUAGUUUUUGAAGAAGAAUUGGGUGAUUUUAUCAGUCUUAAUGUUAUUGAUGAUGAAGAGGGAGAGAACAAAUUGUGUAGUGAGCAGAUGUUAUCCGAGGAUAACCCGUUGAGUACUCGGUUGGAUAAUCUUGAUGAAUUGAUAAAGCCUUUUCGGAUAUUGGGUGGAGUUUGAAGAAAUCUAUAGGAAUUCUGGAUCAUUUAUAGUAUAGUAGUCAUACUCAUUAGGGACAUGAAUCAUGUUGCAUUUCAUCUGUAAUUCUGUAAAUUUGUCACUUUUGCCAUUUGUAAAACUUAUUUUCUUCUAAAAUGUAAAUUGUAAUCUGAUAGUUGAUAACAGUUGUACUCUUACACUGAAAUAGAAAAUAUUUUAUUUGAUUUGUAGAAA